AAAACAUUCAAGGGUCACAAAGUCAUGGUGAUGGGACAAGCCAAAAGGAUAGUUCUUCAGAGUCAUAGUUUGUUUUCAACGUACAGCUCAGCAACGACUAUAAAAACAACACCUGUGGCGACAUUACAAACAAGAUGGUGUUUACAAAAAGAUCUAAACUCCAUGAUCUCGAGUCAAAAGCGAAGACUUACCACAUCGACCCCUACACAUAAUUCGAAGCAAAACAGUACAGGGACCAACAAUAACCGGACCCCUUUACAGCGGAUGUCUCGUACUGAAGACCAUGUCUCUCAAUUGAAGAUAACUAGGCUGAAUUCACCUAAAGCUGGCGAUACAGUCCCAUCAACAGCAACAGCUACAUCAUCAUCAUCAUCAUCAUCAACGUCAGCGUCAUCAUCUAUAUCAUUUAACCGCCGACUCGAAUUCUUGAGCGGUGGCAGGACUGUCGCACCUCGAUCUCGAUCAUAUCCUAUUUCCUCAGAAGCAGCAAUACCAAUUACAAAAGUAUCAAAAACACAAUCAGCCAAGAAUGGUGUUCUAAAGAAAUAUAAGCCUGGAUUUAUGGCUGGCGAUUUCAUAUGUCCACAAUGUGGAAGCCAUAACUUUCGUCCGCCAGAAUACAGUCCAAUAAGGCAUGCUCUACAACGGAAACAAUUCCGUCAACAGCUUAAUGAAGAAUCUGCAUCAUCUACAGUAUCAUCUACAGUACCAUCUACAGCACCACUGGACAAUCUAGGGGACAAUGUGGUUCAGGACGCGUCUUCAAAAGCCCAAGCAAAGAAGGAGGAAGAAAAACAGGAUCCUUUACGUCAAUCUCAACAUCAUGAUUAUCAUCAUCGCCUUGAUACGCAACCACAACCACAACCACUUAAGACGAGAGCUCAAUCUCCAUUAGGCGCAAAAGCCCAUUGCUUCGAGUGUGGAUUCGAAACAUCCUAUAACCUUCCAAUGGCUGCUGCUAAUGAUGACAAAUCCUCCUAUAGUACCAAUGAUUCACCAUCAUCAUCAUCUUCAUUUAAAAGGCCCAAGACUUUGACAGAACAGACGAUCCAUUUACGGAAUGAUAUUCGGCUCGCCAAACCGCGUGAUUAUGUCUGCCCUCAAUGCCUUACGGUCAAUUUUUAUAAUCGACUCAACUGUAUCGGCUGUGGCACCUUUGCCCCUUGGAUUCGUGAGAAAGUCGAGGCAGGGGUAAGAGAUUAAAUAAAGUUAAAUGCAAC